AUGUCGCAUCUCGAAGACGAGAAGAGGGACCUCGCCCACAUCGAGGACGGCAAGGCGCCCGUCGUGGCGCACGACCGUCACCUCCAGCUGGAGCUCCCCGCAUCCCUCCAGCACCUCGACGAAGCCGAGAUGUCGCGCCUCGACAAGAAGAUCACCCGCAAGAUCGACUUUGUCCUCAUGCCCAUCCUCAUCAUCCUCUACGUGCUCAACUUCCUCGACCGCAACAACAUCUCGACGGCCAAGAUCGGCGGCAUGACCAAGGACCUCCACAUGAACACUGAGCAGUUCGGCACGGCUGUGGCUGUCCUGUUUGCCGGUUACGUCUCGCUCCAGAUCCCCUCCAACAUGCUCGCAUCGCGUAUCAAGUGGCCCGGUACCUACAUCUGUGUCAUGUGCGCGGCCUGGGGUGUCGUUUCGGGCUGCACGGGCGCGGUCCAGUCGUACUCUGGUCUUUGCGCCAUCCGUGUCAUCCUGGGCUUCACCGAGGCCGCCUUCUUCCCUGGAGCCCUGUUCCUGCUCUCGACCUUCUACACCAAGCAGCAGUUGGCUUUCCGCACCGGUAUCCUCUACUCUGGCUCGCAGCUCGGCAAUGCGUUCGGUGGUCUCUUCGCCGCGGCCAUCCUCACCCUCGACAAGGCGCACCACAUUGCAGGAUGGCGCUGGCUCUUCAUUGUCGAGGGCAGCAUGACUGUCGGCCUCGCCAUCGUCUUCGCCUUCAUCAUCCCCAACCGCCCCUCCAACUACCGCUGGCUCACCCCCGUCGAGCAUGCCCGCCUCGCCUACCGCCUCGAGGCCGACAAGGGUACUCGUGACGGCUCUGAGGAGAUGUCCAACUGGGAGGCCUUUAAGCUCGCCGUGACCGACAUUCGUGCUUGGAUGGUUUGCGCCGCGCUUACCCUCAACUUUGUCGCGUCCGCCGUCACCAACUUCUUCCCCGUUGUCAUCUCCACGCUCGGCUUUAACCGCACCACCUCGCUCGCCAUCACUGCCCCGCCCUACAUCUUCUGCAUCUUCUGCAUUGUCCUCAACGGCUGGCACUCGGACAAGACCCAGGAGCGUGCUUUCCACGUCAUUGGCCCCUUCAUCAUCACCAUUGUCGCCAAUGUCCUCGCCGUCGCCACGACGCAUACGGCUGCUCGCUACGUCGCCAUGAUGCUCAUGCCCGCGUCCUUCUACUCGGCCACCAUUUUGCUGCUGUCCUGGAUCUCAACUACCGUCGUCGGCCCUAGCGCCAAGCGCGCCGUCGCCCUCGCCAUGAUCAACGCCAUCGCCAACACGUCCAACAUCUGGACUUCGUACCUGUACUUUAACGCUCCUCGCUACGUCGUCGCCUUUUGCGUCAACAUUGGUGCCUCGGUGCUCCUCAUCAUCCUCGUCCUGUUCAUCCGCUGGUACCUUGUUCAGCAGAACAAGCGCCUCGACCGUGGCGAGGACCUUGGCAUCCACGGCCCCACCGAGGUGCAGCGCGAGAACGGUUACCGCUUCAAGCUCUAA